CCUCGUUUCACUACACAUUACCUUUCAAGGGUAGUUGUUUCUGAAAAGGAAAACCCCAACUUUGCGGACACCCUGUAUAUAUAAAAGUAUAGCAAUCCCAGAUUUAUAUGUAGAGCUGGCAACGUUGCGGGAUAUUAAUGCACAAUCUGGCAUUCAUGUUGCACCCUCAAAAAAUGGCCGCUGACAACCAUUCAAGUCACCGUGUUGCCAUUGGAUAGCAUGUAAUUUUGGAAUUAAACCUUCUUCGGUGUAUAUGUUUUGUGAAGUUUAGUAGAAGUUAAAGGUAUCAAUUUUUUUUAAUCGGUUCAUCGUUUUUUUCUCUUUAAUUAGGUAUUGUAUUAAUCCUGUACAUCUAUACAAGAGUAAAGCAGAAUUUUAACGCUUGAAUCAGGGUUGUUAACAAACCCACCUCUUGUGUUGAUCAUGGACGCUGGAGACAUCAUGAAGAUAGAAGUUGGAUUCCAGGCAGUAGAAGCCGACACCAAGCUAUUUGAAGUUGAUAACGUCUCUUGGAAAUUCCAUUUUAAAUGUAAUGACAAUGAAAACAUAAAACAUUCAGUUGUGGAAAGGACUGCAAUAUGUUUGUGGAUAACUAAGGAGCACAAUUAUGCUAAGGCUUGGAUUAAAAGCGAGGCAGAUGAUGAACUGAAAGUUGAAAGCUGGGUUGAUGAUAGCGAGAAAUAUCCAGUUGUGGAAAUUUCAGAGGAAUUUAUCAUCAAAAGUGAGUGCAAUAAUGAUGAUACAUUCUUAAGUACAAAUGCAGGAACAGUUCCUAAUAGAAGCAGUAGUGAAUAUAGUGAUGAUAAUCGCCAAAAUUUUACCCCUACUGAAGUUGAUGGCAAAAUAAGGGAGCUAACAGUCAAAACUGAGAGGAUAGAUACAGAAAUUCUCAAAAAUAUGGAAUAUUCUUCUCAAAAUACAGAUACUCAUCACUUUGAUGAAAAAGCAAAAGCAGUUCUUCCAUUUAAAAGGGCUUCGAAUCAAGAUGCGAUGAAACAGCAUCCUGUAGUUGACAAAAAAACAAUCUCCGAGUCAUUUUUUUGUCAUAAUUGUAAUUAUUCUGCUAGAUCUAAGUAUCUUCUGAUUAGUCAUAUGAAAGAGCAUAACAUGUGCAUGUCGAUUUCUAGUAAAAUUCAUAAAUGCUCAUAUUGCAAAUACAAAACAAUACAUAACAGUAGACCUGGUAAAUAUAUGUUGAAACAUCCUGAGUCGGCAGGUAACUAUCAAUACAGCAUAAAAUACAGUGAAUACAUAUGUAUUCACUGUAAGGCAAAAUUCAGUAGUGAAACAGCACUGAAUAAUCAUAUAAUCAAAAAACAUCCUGACUUUAAUGCAUCUGUUUCUAGUAAAAUAUAUGAAUGUACACAUUGUGCUUAUAAAACAACCUUCAAGGGUUGUUUUGUGGGACAUAUGCUAAAACAUUCAGAGACAGGAAGUAACUCUAAAUUCAGCAUAUGUAUUCACUGUAAGGCAAAAUUCACAGGUAAAACACAACUGAAUGAUCAUAUAAUCAAGAAACAUCCUGACCUUAUAGCAUCCGUUUCUAGUAAAAUAUAUGAAUGUACACAUUGCACUUAUAACACAAUCUUCAAGGGCAAUUUUGUUAGACAUACGCUAAAACAUUUAAAGACAGGAAAUAACUAUAAAUUCACCAUAUGUAUUCACUGUAAGGCAAAAUUCAGAGGUAAAACUGAAUUGAAUGAUCAUAUAAUCAAGAAACAUUCUGACUUUAUUGCAUCUGUUUCUAGUAAAAUAUAUGAAUGUACACUUUGCACAUAUAAAACAACCUUAAAGACUCGUUUUGGUAGACAUAUGUUAAAACAUCCAGAGACAGCAAGAAACUAUAAAUUCCGCAUAUGUAUUCACUGUAAGGCAAAAUUCAGAGAUAAAACGCGACUGAAUGAUCAUAUAAUCAAGAAACAUCCUGGCUUCAUUGCAUCUGUUUCUAGUAAAAUAUAUGAAUGUACACAUUGCACUUAUAAAACAACUGUCAAGUGCAUUUUUGUUAGACAUAUACUAAAACAUUCAGAGACAGGAAAUAACUAUAAAUUCAGAAUAUGUAUUCACUGUAAGGCAAAAUUCAGAGAUAAUACGCACCUGAAUGAUCAUAUAAUCAAGAAACAUCCUGGCUUCAUUGCAUCCAUUUCUAGUAAAAUAUAUGAAUGUACACAUUGCACUUAUAAAACAACCUUCAAGGGCAUUUUUGUUAGACAUAUGCUGAAACAUUCAGAGACAGGAAAUAACUAUAAAUUCAGCAUAUGUAUUCACUGUAAGGCCAAAUUCAGAGAUAAAACGCAACUGAAUGAUCAUAUAAUCAAGAAACAUGCUGACUUUAUUGCAUCCAUUUCUAGUAAAAUAUAUGAAUGUACACAUUGCACUUAUAAAACAACUUACAAGGGCAGUUUUUUUAGUCAUAUGCCAAAGCAUCCAGAGACAGCAAGUAAUUAUAAAUUCAGUAUUUGUACUCACUGUAAGGCAAAAUUCAGGAAUAAAACGACACUGAAUGAUCAUAUAAUCAAGAUACAUCCUGACUUUAUUGCAUCCGUUUCCAGCAAAAUACUUGAAUGUACACAUUGCGCUUAUAAAACAACCUCCAAUAGUACUUUUGCUAGACAUAUGUUGAUACACUCAGUCCAGUAGAGUAAAAUUCCAAAACGGAGUGAUAAUAAAGAAACAUAAUAUGGUAUGGUAUAUAACAAUAAUAAUUAUAAUAAUAAAUAAUCUUUAUUUCAAAAUAACAGUGCGCAAUAGGCUAUUUGACUAAUUUUGCAAAAUCAUUUUAAAUUAUUAUUUUAUAUAUAAUGAGCACACUACAUGAAUAUUUCCUGAAAAUCUAUACUAUUUUUAAUAGAAAUCAAAUUUAAAGUUUGAAUUUUUAGAACCGCGCCAAAAACGCUAUUCCUGUGAUGGCGCCGGCAGAUGACGUCUGUGACGUCACACGCCAGUAAACACGAUCACGAGCUGUCAGCCGAAGUUAAUUUCAUUAUUGUGCUUGAUUUUGCUAUAAAAUCAUAGAUAAAAUGGUCUAUAAAUGGUGUGUAGUGCCAAAAUGUACGAAUACGUCUAUAAAUAGUCCACAAACAUUGUUUGUUUCUGUUCCAACCGAUUGUAAAAGACGAAAAAAGUGGUUACUAUUAGCUCGGAGAGACCCAAAGGGCAUUUCAUCGACUUCAAAUGUAUUUAUGUGUGAAGAUCACUUCGAUGUAAGUAUAAAUAUAAUAUGUUAUCUACUAGGUAGCUUAAAUUACCGCUUUUUUUAAGAUUGAAAUAAUAUAUAACUAUCUAUAACCUCAAAUGUAUCUUUGGUUAUGUUGAGGAUAAGUCAGUGUUGAGGAUCAAAGAUCCUGUUUAUUAACCCUAAACUUAUUACUCUGUAGGGUUUCAAAAUGUUUUCUGUUGUUUUGAUUAUAUUAGCUACCUACAUAUCUCAAUAAUUUUCUAUGCUGUGUCAUUUUACCUACUUUGCUUAUUAGAUAGUGAUAGUUAUGUUGAAUUGCAGAUGGAAAAAGACACCAUUAACUACAUGCAGUACAAAAUGGAUUUCAGCAAGAAGAUACUUUUGACAGAAGAUGUUGUGCCAACAAAAUUUCAUUGUCAAGAAGAUCGUAAAAGACCACUGUCUGAUGCUGGACUUUCUCGAGGAGCAUAUGUCAAGAGGAAAAGAAUGGAUUUGGUCAACACAUGUUUGCAAAGUCAAAAUGCUACUGAAGCCCAAGCUGAAAGCUUACAAAAAGAU